AUGAUCACAGACAACCUCAGAAACGCCUUCCAAUCUGAGCGGCUGGUCUACCGCGCGGCAGAGAACAACAAAGAUGACAAGGACUUUCUCCUCACCGAGAUCGUAAACGACGCAAUCAACACGGCUCUCUCCGACAUAACUUUGAUCCGACCUAGGGGCGAGAAACGAGCCGAGGAUCUGAUUGAGGGGCUCAGCAAGGCCACCCUAGGCGUCAUGAUCUGCUUGCUCAACAAGGACGAAGCGCCAACUCCCAUCGGCUUCAUUGUUAUCGGCUGGGGCGGAGUCAAUCCCGACCACGCACGCCACAGCUCUACCAGCAUUGGAAUUGCGCUUGCGACAUCACAUCAAGGCCAUGGCUACGGUUCAGAAGCCAUAAACUGGGCUCUCGACUGGGCGUUUCGUCAUGGAGGUUAUCAUCGUGUCAACAUACGCACUGUGAGCUAUAACGAGAGAGGCCUGCAUCUCUACAAGAAACUGGGGUUUGUGGAGGAGGGCCGAAGCCGCGAGUCGCAUUGGUAUGAUCGGAAGUGGUAUGAUACUAUUAGCUUUGGUAUGUUGGAGAAGGAAUGGGCGGAACUCAGAGGUCUUGACCAAUAG